UGCAGCUUUCUCUUAGAUUUUGGUGUGAAGACAGAAUUCACUGUGUGGAUCAAGCUGGCCUUGAACUCAAAGUGAUCUGCCUGCCUCUGCCUAGCGCCAGUAUUACCAAACCUGGCUCAAAGUUGCUCAAAGCUAACCCCUCAGAACUGGAAAGCUUAGUAUAGUCAGACAUGUCUCAAAAUUCACCUCUGACCUUUAAAAAUAAAAAAUUAACAUCUAGGGGCUGGAGAGAUGGCUCAGUGGUUAAGAGCAUUGCCUGCUCUUCCAAAGGUCCUGAGUUCAAUUCCCAGCAACCACAUGGUGGCUCACAACCAUUUGUAAUGGGGUCUGGUGCCCUCUUCUGGCCAGUAGGCAUACACACUGACAGAAUAUUGUAUACACAAUAAAUAAAUAAAUAAAUGAAUAAAUAAAAUUAACAUUUACUAAGGCCAGGCAUAGUGGUGCACACCUUUAAUCCCAAUACUCAGGAAGCAGAGGCAGGCAGAUUUCUGUGAAUUCAAAGCCAGCCUGGUCUGCAGAGUGAGUUCCAGGCCAGCCAGGGCUGUGUAGAGAGACUCUGUCUCAAGACAAGCGAACAGAAGAAUAGCACCUGGAUUCUCAAUACUACAUAGUUACUGAAAUGUGAUCAAGUUAGGCAUGGUGGCACCAUGAUAGCAGGAUAAUAAACAAACAGAUGAGGGGCCAACAAGGUAGGGCUCAACAGGUGGAAGCUUAUCCCAGCAAGGCUAUGACCUGAGCCCAGUCCCUACCAUCCACAUGGUAGAAGGAGAAAAUUGACUCUUAGAAGUUGCCCUCUGCCUUCCACACACUCCCCGUGGUUCUCACACACACACAAAUAAACAGAUAGAUGUGGAGCUGGAGACUUGGCUCGGCAGUUAAGAGCACUUACUGCUCUUGCAAUGGACACGAGUUCACCUCUCAGCACCCACAACUGGAGGCUCACAACUGCCAAUCAGUCCAGCCCCACAGAGUCUGGCACUCUCUUCUGGCCUCUACAGGCACUGCAUGCACAUGGCACACAUAGAAACACACAGGCAUUUAUGUAUACUCAUAAGAAAAUAUAAAUGGGGUCUGGAGAGAUGGCUCAGCGGUUAAGAGGACUGACUGCUCUUCUAAAUGACCCGGGUUCAAUUCCCAGCACCCACAUGGCAGCUUACAGCUGUCUAUAACUCCAGUUCAUACAGACAUACAUACAAGCAAAACAACAAUGUACAUAAAUAAAUAAAUUUUAGAGAAAGAAAAUAUAAAUACAUCUCGAAACAAACAGAUGUAAAAAUAAAAUCUAAUAAUAUGGGUGCUUAUAUAAUAAACAUAUAAAAAUUUGUAAGUAGUUUUUCCUCUAAAGUUCAUCAAAAGAAAGUAAGGGGAAAGAGCAGAAUAUUUUCUGUUGUUGUUUCUGUUGUUAUGAUUUUGAGAUAGCCUCUGACUCAGUAGCCCAGGAUAUCAAACUCAAUGCAAUCCUCCUGACUCUGAUUUCUGAAACUGCAGCUGUGCACUGUCAUACCCACCUGGGGGAAGAGGAUUUCAAAAGUCCCUCUCCCUGGGUAGGAUGCCUGCCUGCCUGUCUGUCUGCCUACCUUAGUCCUUACUAAGCUGUGGCUGGGUCUUCCUGCCCCCAGAUCUGAAAUCUUCAGGAGCAACGAGCAGACUAUGUUUUUGUGAGGUUUCAGAGGAAGAUGAAGAGCAAGAGAAACAGAUAGGAAAGAAAAGGGAACAAGUGAAACACAAAGGCAGAGAAGGGAAGAAAAGAGAGGAACUGGCUCAGAGCAAGCUCGGGAAUUGAGGGAAAGACGCAAGUAUGUGGAAGGAAUUAUAAGCUCAGAUCUUCUAGAAACUAGAACUCAUCUUAGACAUGCUGCUGACCCAGCUCUGACUCUCAGUCCUGCCUAGCCCUGAUCCUAGCCAGACCUAGCCCAGACCUUCACUAACCCAGCAUCACCCUGUCCUACUCAGUCCAGACUCCAUCCAGUCUCACUGACCCAGCCCUAACACCCAGGUCACUUACGAAGGUCUACGGUGGAGUCUGAGGCCAUGGCCAACCGCAGCCUCUUGGAACCCCUCCAACUGUCAUAGAACUCACCCCGCUCCCAGCUGCUGCCUAGCCCAAAUCCCUGAAUGCUGUCUGGGAACAAAGAGACAGAUAGCAGGAACCACAGACAAAGGGGCAGGUAACUUUAGAGUCAGACCUACAGAUAUCCAGGAUGCCAUGGGAGUGCCUGGAAGCAGAGGCUGGUGCAAAUUGAGUACAUUCAGGGACUGAUCCCAUACUGCUUCCCCACAUGGACCAGAACUCCUCUGGCCCCCAGAGCAAGGGGACAGUAGCUCCCGACAGCACACAAAAUGAAACCCAAGACUCUCUGAAAAUGACCUUCAGCCUCCCAGAUGCCACCCAAGGUCAUCAGGUCAACAUACCCACACCUGUGUCCAUCAUCCACACUCGAGGACUCAACAUCCAGGAACCAUCAACAUCCACACCUAUGACCCGAAGGGUGAGCAUCCAGGAACCGCCAGCAUCCGUCUUUCUUCCUCGGAAGCUCAGUGUCCAGCCUUCCCCUCGAAGGUUCAGCACUCAAGAGACCCAUUCUCAGGGUUUCCAGUCUAAUACACAAGACAUACAAUCUGUUGCCUACAAUCGCUGGCUUAGUUCCAAAGAGGGCUCUGCCCUUUACCAUAAUCGCCGACUUGACAUCCUAAGUUCACAUACUCUGUGCAAUGUCAAGUCAGAAAUCCACAACUUACAAACUGACAGCUACCUCUCCUUGACACACAACCUCAAAAGAGAAGCCAGGCCCAUUGUGGACAUCCCCCCAUCUAUAACACACAGUCCAGAGGCCAGCAUCAGGAGCUUUGAUUCCUUUGUCUGGGACUCCAAGGACGAAUCGGGAGGGUUGCCACACUACUCUCUGUCCAGUCAGAGUACUCUCGGCAGUUCCUUCAAAUUGUCAAGCAAUUCUACUGCAUUGGGCUCCAGCAGAAAGCAGAGCAAACGCUGGUCACUGGUGCCCAUCAGCUGGAAACUGUUGCUCGAAGCCAAGAAGAUCACCCGGUACCUUAGCCUGGUCCUGACUGUGGCCGGUAUGCUGAUGCUCAACCUCAUCGCCUUGUGGCAGCCCUGGAUCCACUUCCAAGUGCCUCUGUCGCCCACAGGGAGCACCAAUAGUUCCAAGAGCAUCCCCAUCGACACCAUCUUCUUCAUGCGCUGCCCUGACAUCUCCUGCAUGAAUGAAUAUGAUAAGAAUGCUUACCUGCUGGACCUGGCCUGGGCCUGCCUUCUCAUCUCCGGUAUCAUGAGCUUCUGUGUCUGCAUGGGUCUCAUCAGCACCAUAUUCUUCCCCAGCACCAACAUGCCCUGGAUGGACUUCUCGCUCUUCAUCUGCAGCCUCAUGACAGGGGUCAGCAUCAUUCUGGGGGUCCUGUUCUACCUGAUGCAAGCCCGAAAGUUCUUACAGGAAGGCAUGACCUACAUGCUGGGGAGAAGCUUCUACCUGGCCUGGAUCAAUGUCUUCUUCUUCUUUAUGAUUGGUCUCUUCUCCUAUCUGAACUACAUGAGCUUCUGGUCCAUCCUGGCAGUCCAGGCCAUAUGGUCUUAGGACAGGACACUGAAAGGAUAUCAAUGAUUUACUCUCACGGCUGCCAGCUGCCUGACAAGCUGGCCUCCGUCCCUAUACUCAUGAGUUAUGUAACUUCUCGCUCCCCUCAACCCAGAGUAACUUAUAUUUUAAAGAAAAAUACUUUCUGCCCAGAAUAUUUCAUUACUUGACUGUGUGUGCUGAAGUGCAACUGUCAUAUUUCUCCGCCCCUACCUUAUCCAUUAUGGGCUACUCUUAAGUAGAGGGACAGAAAAGGGACUCUGGUAAACUAUCAAAGGCCAGCAAAAAGACUGGGGUGAGGGUCCUGGGCAUACACACGGUGCUUUUUUGUUUGUUUUUUCAAGACAGGGUUUCUCUGUGUAUCGCUGGUUGUCCUGGAACUCACUCUAUAGACCAGUCUGGCCUAGAACGCGCAGAGAUCUACCUGUCUCUUCCUCCCAAGUGCUGGGAUUAAGGGAAUGCACCACCGCCAGAUCUCUGUGAGUUCCAGGCCAGCCUGGUCUACAGAGCAAGUUCCAGGGCAGGCUCCAAAGCUACAGAGCAACCCUGUCUGGUGUGUGUGUGUGGUGGGGGGAGGUGUGCACCACCACACAGUGCUUAAUGUUUAUUUGCUUACCCCACGUCUUAACUUCAACCUUUAGUUCUUUUGAUUUCUGUUGUGGUUUUGUUUUUGAGACAGGAUCUUACUAUGUUGACCAGGCUGGCCUGGAACUCAUAGAGAUAGGCCUGCCUCUGCCACCUGAACGCUGGGAUUAAAGGUGUGCCUCCCUGUUGCAUAGCUCCAACUUGUAG